UGUCCUUCCCCUGCUCCCGCCCCGUCACCCGGCCUCUGGGGCGGGGCGCGGGCGGGCGGCUCCCGGGCGCACAGAGCCCGAUGCGCCGGGAAGCGGAGCGGCCAGCGAGCCGGGCCGGACGGGCACAUGCAGGGCUCGGCGCGGAGGCGGCAGUUCCCGCCGGCGGCCCCGGGCUCCCAGCAGCCGGGCGGGUCCUUCUACCAGGGCAGGCAUGGGUCAGCCAAGAAUGAAGAUACGUUUAAGACUUCUCAGUUUCAUUUUGACCUGUGGUUCUACUUCACUCUACAGAACUGGGUGUUGGACUUUGGCCGUCCAAUAGCUAUGAUUAUUCUACCUUUAGAGUGGUUUCCAUUAAACAAACCUAGUGCAGGAGAUUAUUUCCAUAUGGCUUACAAUGUUAUUACACCAUUUCUUCUUUUAAAGCUCAUUGAAAGGUCCCCGAAGACCCUGCCCAGAUCAGUGGUCUACGUCAGCAUCAUCGUGUUCGUCAUGGGAGCGAGCAUCCAUUUGGUGGGCGACUCCGUCAACCACCGUUUGAUUUUCAGCGGGUACCAGCACCACCUGUCCGUAAGAGAGAACCCAAUCAUCAAAAACCUCAAGCCGGAGACGCUGAUUGAUUCUUUUGAGCUGCUGUACUACUACGAUGAAUACUUAGGGCAUUCAAUGUGGUAUAUUCCUUUCUUUCUCAUACUCUUUAUAUAUUUUACCGGCUGCUUCACACCCAUUCAAGAAGAGAGCAGAAUGCCAUUAGCCGCCUUGCUCCUUACGGGGCCAAGCAGCCUUUAUUACUGGUAUCUUGUGACAGAAGGUCAGAUUUUCAUCCUCUACAUUUUUACGUUCUUUGCCAUGAUGGCUUUAGUCAUGCACCAGAAACGGAAAGGCCUGGUCUUGGACAGCAAUGGACUCUUCCUCUUCUACUCUUUCAUUAUUACAUUGGUCUUAAUUGGCGCUUGGGUGGUUUGGCUGUGGAAUGACAAAAUCCUCAGGAAGAAGUAUCCUGGCGUCAUUUACAUUCCAGAGCCCUGGGCCUUUUAUACCUUACACUUGAGCAAUCUCCAUUCGGCAAAGGAAGGUUUUUAAGCGGCGAUAUCUUUGGAGUGGUUUGCAAACAGAUCUCUCGCUUUUCCUGAUAUGGGUGUGUUUCAAAUCAGUUACUGACCAUGGCAGCUGGACCGCAUGCUGUUCGCUAACCCGACCCGGGGGCAGAGGUUUGUUUGAAUUGGAGGGGAGGCGUUAAGUCUGCUGGGAAAUACUUGCACUACUGCGUUGUAAAUUACUUUCCCAAGCUGCCGUUUGACGCGUUCUAGUUUGCGUUGAGUGCAGGUACGUAACUGACCUUGGCGGGAACACUGAGAUUCCAGUCGGUA